AUGGUUGGAGAGCACAGUGUACCAUACAUGCGCCCAGUUAAAGUGGUAUUGGUGUCCGAGGCUAGUAGGCGUGUACUUAUUUAUAUCUGCGCAUGCGUAGAACGGUUGUCGCUUGGCCCUUCCUCUGCAGCCAUGCUGAGCCAAAGCGUCAACCCGCUGGAGAUGAAGGUCGCUGAGAAGUUGACUAUUCUAAACGACCGAGCCAUCGGCGUUCUAACUCGCACGUCAAACAUAAAAAAGAUAUGUUCAGAACCUAGGAAUAGACCGUCGUUUCUCAGUGAUAAGCUGUUAGAACCAGCGAUUAAGACGAUUGUGCGUCGCUUUCCCGUCACUGAAGUGCGCGGGCCGGGAAUGCAGGCCGUGCACACGCUCAAGGUAGAAAUUGUGCAGGGCCUGAGAGGUUACUACUACACGUUUCAAGACGUUCUGGAACUGAAGGAGCAUGUGAUGGACUUGUUCAACUUGGUUUCCUCGUCUCAAGUUGUCUUUGAUGUGGCUGUUAAUUUUGACUUGACAAAGAUGUAUUUGGAUUUAAUGUCCAACUACAUGUCAAUGAUGAUUCUCUUAUCAAGGAUUGAAGAUCGGAAGGCUGUGCUUGGGCUAUACAAUCAUGCAUAUGAAAUGAACAACAAUGCACAAGACCCUGCAUUUCCACGUCUUGGUCACAUGGUUGUGGAGUAUGAAAAUCCUUUGAAGAAACUUUGUGACGACUUUGCUCCACACUCAAAGCAAAUCGGUCAAGCAAUGAUGUCUCUUGCUCCUGUGUAUAUGAGGAGGAGCUUGUCAGCUGAACAGAUGAAACAGGCUGGAUUUGAUUUCUUCAGUCUCAGCAGAGUGCCACAGCAGAUGUUGACACCGUUUGAGUCUCAAACAAUGCAAUGUGAAUACUUGUCUGUCGACAUCAUGACCAAAUGGAUUAUUUUGGGCUUCUUGGCUGUUCCAGGACAACUUGGUUCGUUUCAAGGCAGUAUAGAGUUAUGGAGACACGCUAUGGGUGAUGGGUAUGUCAUUACUUUGUUUCGAGACGAAAUUAUUCAAGUUCAUCAAGCGUUUGAGCUCAUCUUCAAAGGCUCUAAACGAGAGAAAGAGGCCAAAGAAAUGGCGAGUCAAGCAAUAACCAAUUGUGGUGCUGUUCAUCGGGGUAGAAGGCUUUACUUGAGACAGAGUAUGGUUGAGUUGUACUUGCUUCUCAGUGACCAACCAGGAUUACUGGGACCAAAAGCAUUGAUGGUGUUUAUGGCUUUGUCAAUGGCAAGGGAUGAGGUGGUGUGGCUUGUUAGACACAGUGGGGUUGAGGCACAGCCAAAAGCUAGAGGGAGAGUGAACCCAUCAGAUUAUAAGGACAAAGGCAUGCCGGAGCUUCUCUUCUUUACUCAAGAGCUACGAGCUCUUGUGAGGAAGUAUGCACAAGUGAUGCAACGCUACUUUGUGCAAUACUUGUCGAAGUUUGAUGUCACAUCACUUAGAAAUUGUGUCCAGAAAAUUGCUGUUUGUCCGGAUGAUGAGAGUUUGCUGCUUACUUCCUUUAUUGAAACAAUGCAGAAUCUAAGCGUCAAACAAGUUGAUGCAAGAACCGAGUUUGAUCUUCGUGGAUUCAGACUGGAUUGGUGUCGAUUUCAGGCUUACACAACUACUGCAAAGGCUUCUUUGAAUCUUCACGAGUAUCAUGAGGUAGCAUGUUUAAUGAAUACAGCUGUCUUUCAUUCAAAACUUGUUGAUCAACUAGAAGAACUGCUUUAUGAGACAUCUGAUCUCUCUAUUCUUUGCUUUUAUCCAAAAGCUAUUGAUGAAGCUUUCAACAACUGUAUAGAAUCAGCAACAGAAGCAAGAUUCUCUAUAGCAUUUCCUCUGAUAGCUUGUCAGUUUAUGGACUGUACUCACCCUCUUUGUCCUGAAGAGCGUCUUGCACAAGGCGAUCGUUGCCUUUCUGCUGUUAAUCAUUUUCUGAACACAAUGUCUAAGUUGGCAAAAGGCGUCAUUGCUCGAAUAUUUGAGGAGUAUGCAAAACUUAACUCACAAUUGUUGCCUGUCAAAGCAGCAGAUAUUAUGCUGGAGGCGCGUCGUUCAAGGCGGGAGAAACAGCAGGGGAGAUUGCAGCCAACACAAAGAAAACCAGGAGAAGAAAGCAUCAGGAAGACAAGAGAAGAAUCAACGGAACUAGACAACCACAUGCUAAUGCUGAUUGGAAUUUGCUCUGCACUGAAUCAUGUGCCAAUGCUGACCGCAUGGGAACACAAGUUUGUACCUCGCGAGUAUCUUGGUUCUCAUAUAGAAGAUCUCUUGUCAAGGCAUGUCAUGUCUUUGCUUGGAAACUACCAACAGCUCGGGGAAAUUUCUCGACCAUCUGAAGUACUAUCGGGUAUCAAGGCGUACAUGUCAGUAUUGAAACUGGUGGAGAACUAUGUGAACAUUGACAUUGUGAAAGCGUUUCAUUCGGUUCUACUACAGCAGACUCAACCUCUUGAUGUCAAUGGACAGCCCACUCUGACAAGUGCCUUUUCUCAGUGUUAUGUUGACAUGGUGUUGAGAGAAGUUACAGUUAGUGGCAAUAUCUGUUUCUCACCGUGGCGAAAAUCAUUUGUCAGUCGUCAUGCAAUGGCUUUCAAAGCAGAAGAAUUUACAGACAUUGCAGAAUUAAAGGCAUUAGCUGAGUUGCUGGGACCGUAUGGAGUCGGUCAUUUAAGCUACAGGAUGUUGCAGCAAAUAUCUAGUCAGAUGCAGGAAAUAAAGCGGAUAGUUUUGGCCAACAAAGAAGCCUUACAUACCCUCCGAUCAAGCAUCGAUAAACCCGAUGUUUCAGCCGACUUGAUCAAGAGACUCAAGCAACCUGAAGAUGUUAUUUCUCGACUCACGACUAUUGGCUGCAUUCUUGCCUUCAGGAAACUUCUGAUGGAGGCUCUUCGUAGUGUACUUGAAAGGAGGAUCCCAUUUUUGUUUGGUACUAUCAAAGACUUCAAAGAUCACUGUCCCAAUGGUCGAGAUGCAAUGGUGGUCGAUGAGAUGGCGACUGCUGCUGGCAUAAAGUGUGAUGUUGAUCCUGUUUUGAGUCGUGCUUUGGCACAACAUUGUACUCAUCCUCAAGAAGAUGCAGUGACUUGGUCUCUCAUGUUGGUGCUAAUUGGUGUUAGUCUUCAAAGUCUUGCUUCCGAUUCUCAGUGUACUUACCGCUAUAUGCUAGAAGCACACGAAAACAAUGCUCAUUGCAUUGCAACAGCUUUGAACAGUCUAUCCGGCGCUCUCUUCAGUUUGUGUCAACUUUCUCAUGUUCAGAUAGCCGAUAAACUAAAAGAGUUUCUAGCGAUUGCUUCAUCUAGUGUCUUGAAGUUGGGAAUGGAGACAGAUAAAGAGAAAGACCCAAAGUGUCGUGAAGCUGUGUACAUUCUUCUAGAUCUCAUUGUUCAAGAGUCUCCAUUUUUGACUGAUGACUUGCUGGAGCGAUGCUUUCCUUAUGCGUUGCUUCGUGGAGCAUACAGUGUUGUCUAUAAGCGUCGUCCAGCAUCAUCCAAGAAGAGAAAGGGCGUGUCGGAUGACACACAAUAUUAGAAACUGUAAACUGAUCGGAAUGUAGACUGUUGCAGUGAUUGCCAGUAUUUCACUAGGACGAUAAAGUCAUACUUGAAUCACUUUGACUUGUUUAGUAGUCUUAUUUGAUGCAAUGAUUAAUUUUUCUCAGUUUCGACCUUACAAAUGGACAUGAUUGAUUCUGUGCCGUAGGUUGGCCAAUAGUGAUGAGAAUAUGUUGGUGGCUGGUGUUGAACUGCA